GAGAGGGAGGGAGGGAGACAGAGAGAGGAGUAAGCAGGCAAAGCUGUCAAACGCAACUCAAGAGUCCAAAGAGACCAGAGGACUGGUGGGACAGAGGGAUGUCGCUGGUCACUAAGAGCUGAAAUAUUUUAAAUACCUUAUAUUGCAGAGUCAUACAGCUCACACAGGCAGUUAAAUCGGACUUUUAGCUGGACAUCUGUGUGCUUGGCUGUGGAGGUGACAGGCUGGAUGCCAUGAACCCGCUGCUGCCCGCAGAUACGGAGGUGAUGGAGCGAGAGGCGGACAAGGAUGCGAGGAGGAAGAUCCAGUUCUCCGUGCCGUCCUCCGUGCCCACCCAGCUGGACCCGCGACAGGUGGAGAUGAUUCGACGUCGGAGGCCGACACCAGCCACACUCUUCAGAUUGACUGACCCACCAUCACCAGAGGAGGACAUUGGCCCUCACCAGUGGGUGCUGGGGGAAAAUGGAGCCUUGAAAGCCAAACUGGUUCACACGUCAACCUACCAGCCACCCUCACUUAAAGCUGUCCAGAGGAUGGCCCAGGCCCACCUGUCCUCCUUAGACAUGUCUUCUGUGGACAAAGAGGAGUCCUCUUCUGGGGAGGAAGAGGAGGAACAUGAGACGGAGAGCCAGCAGACAACCACAGCUACAGAUCUAAGGGAAGAAAGCAAACCACUCAGAGAUCAGUGUGCUUCGCUAGACAGUUUGACUGGAAGUGCUGAUCUCCGCCGUCACCACAGAGACGAAGAAGAGGCCAAAGAAAGAGAGGAAGGAAAAGGAGAAUGACAAAAGAAGAGGACUCCAAUGGGGAAAGACUUGCAUAGCACACAUAUAGGCCAUGUGUGUGCGUGCAUGGGUGUACGUAUGAGUGUGUGUUAUUUGGGUCUGUGAGUGUGUGCAUGCAUACAACAAAAGAGUUGAAUGUAGAAAAGAGAGAGAGAGAGAGACGAACACAGACGUGCAUUGAGGAAGGUCAGAAUAUUAAUGAGCAGGUAUGAGGAAAAGUUUAACCUGAGACUUGUGAAGGACAUCACACACGUCAGCCGAGGAAGCCAGGGCUAAAUUCUAGUCAGCCAAGGACACUGCACAAGAAAUAUGAGAACUGGUAAGAACUGUGGCAUUUUCUCAAGCAAAUACAUGUGAUUCAAUUCUGAGACUUGCUUCUUGGGUAGUUUUUCCAGAAAACUAUAUCCAUGUGUGAAGAAUAAGAUUUUGAAUCACCUUUAUUCACAUCAUGUACAGGGCAUGUCACUUAGUGAUACUGGUGCUAAAAUACACAUCUCAAGAACAAUUAGAAAGGGCAGAUGAUGCACACAGCUCAAGAUAACUUCCAGUUGUUGCAGGUGGCAACAAACAUACAUUUGCAGAUAACAUAAAGACCAUCUUAUGCAUAUUUUACAAACAUGUAAGAUCCAAUUGUAUCUGUAGUGUCAUGGUCAAAGUGAAAAAAUGUUUGAGGGCCCUGAUCUCAUACAGUUUGUCCAGAGAUACACGAUAUACUACAGUAUGAUAAAUAUACAGUAAAGAGGAAUAGGCGGCAGAGCCAAUCCCUAUUGGAAUUUAACCCAGAAACUGUAGAGUUGCUUCUAAAGUUAUAAAACAACUCUUUCAGUUUGCUUUCUUCAACCUUGUAGACAUUUCCAUGCAAGGUCAAGGAAAUCAGAGGAGGAUGGAUUACAGAUGAUUUGAGCACAGCCACAGCAGACCAGAUUAAGUCAUAUCAGACUGAUUCAGCUAAUCAUGAUAAUGCAGCACAGUUUUUCUGGUUUGAUACUAUACACAGGCUUUUUGUAACAUGGCGAUUAUGGCAAGCAUGAUCUGUUUGGGAUGGCAGAGAUGAAAGGUAGGAACUGAGAGAUGACCUAUUUUUUCAAAAACAACAUAUAUAUGAUGAGUGUGAAGAUUCAUUCUUGACCUUGUAUAUAAAUUAUGUUUUGUGUUGGUUGCUAAUAAAACAAUUAUAAUGGGCUGUUGGUGUUGGUGUGAUUGUAUGUCUGUAGAAUUAACCUGUAUUAAUGUACAAUGCUCUAAUCAUAUUUCUUUUCUGAAAAAAAUAAAUCCAAAACACUCUAUUUGGCAUUUCAGUUACCACAUGGAGUCAUCAUGUAAUUUUGGAUAUGUAACAAAGUGUUUGAAUACAGCAAAUGACAGUGAGUUUUAUUAAAUGAGGACCCUGAGCAAGUUUUUGCACUUUUA